AUACCCUUUCAUCAGUUACCCAUAUUUUCCUCCUUUCAAUUCAUCGGUCCUUUCAAUUCAUCGGUCAUUUUAAUUACCAAACUUUACUCCUUUCAAUUCCUCCUCCUCCUCCUCCUCUGAUCUUCCAUUACCUCCAACAACUUUUAGAGAUGAAUUCAAUUCACCAGUUUAUCUGUUACCCUUCCUCUCAGCCCAUUCUCGGUUCUUACGUUACGCCGUCCUACGAUCUUUUCAAAUUGAAGGCUUAAGAUCGGGUAGAAUUUUUGCAUCGGGUAGAAUCAGUAAGGAAUUUCAUUGAAGAAGGUCAAGGAUUGUCCGAAUUAGGGCUUGAUCAUAUUUGUUCAUCAGAUAUAAUCUAAAGGAGUAUAGGUUGCCGGGAGCUGUGGAGCAUGAUACGUAAAGAAAUGGGCUAUAGAAAGCGAAGGCAUGGACAUGGAGAUUGACUUGUCUAACCUGGGUACUGACAAUACAAUGUUCACAGCAUUAUUCAGUAAGCUUGGUGUUCCAAUAAAGACAACUAUAUCUGCCACUGUUCUUUAAGAAGCUCUAAAUGGAACCGUCACAAUUAGACCUCUUCCUCUGGGUACAUCUUUCAGUGGAAAGGUUGAGAAGCAGAGUGCUCACUUCUUUGUUGGAUCUGGAGAAAGGAAUGAUGGACUGUCUGUAUGCAAAAUGCACCACUCCCUGUAUCACGGACUGUGUCAUGGCUGAGCUUGAAAAAUUGGGAAAGAAAUAUCGGUUGGAUCUGGAGAAAGGAAUGAUGGACUGUCUGUAUGCAAAAUGCACCACUCCCUGUAUCACGGACUGUGUCAUGGCUGAGCUUGAAAAAUUGGGACAGAAAUAUCGGGUAGCUUUAAGGAUUGCCAAGGAUCCUAGGUUUGACCGGCUACCAUGCAUCCAUAAAGGAACUUAUGCUGAUGAUUGCAUUGUUGACAGAGUCACUCAGCUACAGAGGAGGUCAAUUCUCCGAGAAAAUGAGGACUUUCUUCUAGCUUGCUGAGGAUAUUCGUUGUCCAAUCUUCUCUUUCUUCUGCACCCACUCAACAUCAAUGACCAUUGUUUCAUCAUCACAAGCAACAACAGGGAAUCCAGGGGCGAUAUCAGUGAUGACCGUAGCAAGAGAAAAAGCAGGCAUA